UAUUGAUGGGAAAUGGAGAAAGAAAAUAGUAUUUAGAUUGGUAAAGUUAGCUUCAAAGUCCUGGCAGAUGGCUCUUGUAGCAAAACCAAAGUUAUUUUCUAUCUAUUGUUACUGUGUUUUACUUAUCGCGGAUUACAUGGCCUGCCAGACUGGAGCAAUGCAGCAGAAAGUGAAACUUAAACGCCAUGAAACCAGAAGAAGACGACUGAGUCCUGAUCCAGUUCAAAAGUCCGCCACAGCUUUUCUCUCCAUCCACAAGUCCCUUCACUCUCCGACCGGAAGUGGAUUUAACAACACGAACAGCACCUGAAUCGAUCCAAACAUGGAUUAAAAUUGGAGUUGUUUGUUUCCCGGGUCGCUGGUGCGUCAGACUGUCGAGACGAUGUCCAACACGGCAAGAAGCGGAGAUUUAAUCCACUUAAACGUGGGCGGGAAAAGGUUCAGCACUUCCCGACAGACGCUUACUUGGGUUCCUGACUCCUUUUUCUCCAGUCUGUUGAGCGGCCGGAUCUCCACUUUGAAGGAUGAAACCGGCGCCAUCUUCAUUGACAGGGAUCCCUCCCUGUUUGCACCCAUCCUCAACUUCUUGCGGACCAAAGAGCUCCACCCACGCUCCAUCAGCGUGCACAUGCUUAUGCACGAGGCUGAGUUCUAUGGCAUCACGCCGCUCGUGCGUAAGCUGCAGCUGUGUGACGAGUUGGACCGCUCCUCCUGUGGAAACGUCCUCUUUAACGGCUACCUGCCACCGCCGGUGUAUCCAGCCAAGCGUCGCAAUCGUCACAGCGUGGCGGGGUCACAGUUUAUGACAGGUCGAGUCAUGCCUGGGGAAAGAGCGCCCGUCAGACGCAGUAACACCAUGCCCCCUAACCUGGGUAACUCGGGGAUGCUGGCCAGAGGGGAUGACAGGAUAUCUGGAGGUCCGUCAUCAGAUCCGGGCCUGGUUCGGAUCAUCUGUGGCCAUCACAACUGGAUAGCGGUGGCGUACUCUCAGUUUGUGGUGUGUUACAGGGUGAAGGAGUCCACCGGGUGGCAGCAGGUCUUCACGUCUCCUCGACUGGACUGGGUCAUCGACCGGGUUGCGCUCAACGCCAAAGUGAUGGGCGGCUCGCUGGGGGACAAUGACAAGAUGGUGGCCGUCGCCUCGGGAACGGAGAUCAUCCUGUGGUCCAUCUGCUCAGACGGCAACGGGAACGAAAUAGGCGUCUUCAGCCUCAACGUGCCCGUGGAGGCGCUCUUCUUCGUUGGAAACCAGCUGAUCGCCACCAGCCACACUGGGAAGGUUGGAGUGUGGAACGCCGUCACCAAACACUGGCAGAACCAAGAUGUUGUUCCCAUCAGCAGCUAUGACACUGCGGGAUCAUUCCUCAUCCUCGGAUGCAACAAUGGAUCCAUCUACUACAUUGAUGUCCAGAAGUUUCCUUUGAGGAUGAAAGACAACGACCUGCUGGUGACAGAACUUUACCGCGACCCGACUGAGGACGCCAUCACUGCGCUGAGCGUGUACCUCACACCGAAAACCAGCGACAGCGGCAACUGGAUCGAGAUCGCUUACGGCACCAGCUCCGGCUCAGUUCGGGUCAUCGUGCAGCACCCGGAGACAGUGGGCUCAGGCCCCCAGCUCUUCCAGACCUUCUCAGUCCACCGCAGCCCCGUCACUAAGAUCAUGUUGUCUGAGAAACACCUCAUCUCAGUGUGCGCGGACAACAACCACGUACGCACCUGGACCGUGACCCGCUUCAGAGGGAUGAUCUCCACCCAGCCGGGCUCCACGCCGCUCACCUCCUUCAAGAUCCUCAGCCUGGACGAAGCCGACGCUCACGCGGGCUGCAGCGCUGGCACCGAGAUAGGACCAUAUGGCGAGCGAGACGACCAGCAGGUGUUCAUCCAGAGAGUCGUACCGGACACCGACAAACUCUACGUUAGGUUGUCGUCCAAUGGCAAGAGGGUGUGUGAGGUGCGCUCCGUGGAUGGCACGUCAAUCACAGCCUUCAUGGUCCACGAGUGCGAAGGAUCCAGUCGGAUUGGCUCACGUCCACGCCGCUACCUGUUCAGCGGCCAUGGCAACGGCAGCAUCCAGAUGUGGGACCUGACCACCGCCAUGGAGAUCGCUGGCAAAGUAGACAUCCGAGCACUGGGAGGGCCGACAGAGGAGGAGCUGUUGGAGCUUUUGGACCAGUGUGACCUGGCUCUUACCAGAACACCUGACAGCACACCUAGAGCCUCCACAUGCAGUCUUUACUCACAGCUCGGCGACGGCUUAAGACCAGAGCGUCUUCAUUCUGCAGGAGGAGGAAGAGCUCCCGGAACGUCGGGUUCAUCUGGGUCGCUGUACGGUAGCCUUCCUCGCCAAGCUCCGCCCCCAGUCCCCCUCACCAGGCCCGCCCGUGACCCACCCUCCUUCGCCUUCCCUGCCUGUGGACCGCAGUCCCUCUCCGGCUCCAGCCCCCGCCCCCAUCGCCAUAUGGAUCGAGACAGGGAAUGGGGGUCCGCUCGCAGGGGAAGUUUCGUGGAGCGCUGUCAGGAGCUCGCCAAGGGUUCUGAGGUGGUUGCUGGGUCUGAGGGCAUCAGGCGGAGUUUGGCCGUGUGCAGCGAGUUAGAAGCUCGCUUCGGCCUCAGGACUCCGGCCACCUUCUCCGUGUCGCCUGGCCCACGCCCGUCCCCCGGGGGAGGACCUUCUUCCGUGACAUCGUCACCAUCAUCGCCACAAUGCAGGGCCACGCCCGCUUCCCCCACAAGCCCCGCCUCAGCAUCUGCAAGCCCGACACGAUCUCAGACACCCGGUUCCGUUCGACGCAGCUCUGCUACUUCUCCGUCAGACCUCCAGACGUCACCUGAAAUCCUGAACAGUCCAGACAGCCCAGCUAGUGGGACCGGCAGCACCGGCAGCACCAGCAGCACCAGCGGCCCGACUCCCAGCCCCAAACCUCAGAUGAACGAAACAAGCUUCUGACCAGCUAUGUGACAGGAAGUGCCGCCUGGUGGCCACUUCCUCUCCGUCUGUUCCCACGGUUACCACAACUUGUCGCCAAAGUUGCCUAACAACAUUCUGACUUCCGCCAAUUCAGUCAAAGGUUUGCUAAGGUCCUCACCCUUGUGAGCACUGCCACUAGCUUGUUUGGUUAGCUGUCUAAAGUGCCCCGAAACAACAUGAAAUGUAGCUUCAAGUUCUGGAAACAUGAGCAUCUUUUCCAUUUUCUAAUGGUUUCUUCAGCUCGGUUUCUGAUCCGCUUGGCCUUGGACCUUGCGGCUUUGGUGUAUUUUUAACAGCUAUCAGGAAAUAUCCGCAUCAUCACGCUUCCAAACAAUUUGUAUUCAGCAUUACAUCAUUUGUAAAUACCAUGUGAGUGAAUGUACUCCACUUUGUCAUCUUUCUAUCAACUGUGUGUGUGAGAGUUGACAGAUUUUCUUACAAGAAGUCAUUUGCGGUAAAAGAAUAUAAAAUUGAAAGUCUGACAAAAUAUCUAAAAUAAGUUAUUUUAAUGCAAUUGAAUUAAUUUGCACGAGGGUUAAUUCAAGUAAAUUCCUCACCUUGGUGAAUAAAACUAAUGAGUGAUCGAGAAGUGAUCAAAGAGCUGUCAGGCA